UGUCUGUGAUUGAUUGCUUCACUUCAUCUUAUAUAUAAUUUUCAUGUCGGCUUGUUCACAUAAAGCAAAAGAAAUAUAAAAAGAUAAAAAUAAAAAAUAAAAAAUAAAAAAGUUGUCUUCCUUUUGUUCAGUCUCUCUCUGAUUUCCCGGCGACAAUUCAGUUUCCUCAGCUUUGGUCCUUGAGACAUCAUCCUGCUCCUACCUUAAUCCUCACAAAAACUGUUCUAAGUUCCCCAUUUUCUACUUUUUUCUUCCCAUUUUUGGUUGGUUACUUCUCUUUGUGGUUUUUGUCUUAAUGGGGUUGUUUUAUUGAUGUUUCUGCUCAAUAUGGUUCCUUCAAGAUUUUGGCUACUUGGGCACCCUCAACUUCACUUGUUUUAGUUGCAAAGUUUUGAUUUUUGGGCAUUUAUUUGAGUUUUUGAUUCUUACACCAAAAGAAGGAUUUUUUUUUCUUCAUAUGUUAUGACUUGAAGUUUUGUGUGGAAGAUUCAGCAUUCAAACUUGAGCUGUGAGCAAUUGAAGAUUGCUGAAAGUGGUUGCUUUUUUAUGUUGAGUUUCUCCUAGUUCUUGAAUUUGGAGUUGAACAAAAAAAAUGAAGCAGUGGCAUUUUCUGGGGUGAAAAAGGUGAACUUUUUUUUGUUGUUGAUGAUUCUGCUAUGUUAUUGAAUAGCUUUGUGGUAGGAAUCAAAGGGUGUUUUUUAUUCUUCAUCUACUCGUGUGGAAGUGGUGCUGCUAUUUUUGGAGGAUUGUGUUGUUAUUGUGGAAUGAAUACUUGAGGAACAAGGUUAAAUCUUGUUGCUAGGAAAAAGAGAAAUAGUUGAACUUGUUUUGAAGGGUCAUCAUCUAAUUUUUAGGUCAUAAUAAUGAAGGCUCCUUCUAAUGGUUACUUGCCUAAUUCUGGUGAAGGCGAAAGGAAGACCAUCAAUACUGAGUUAUGGCAUGCUUGUGCCGGACCAUUGGUCUCUAUGCCUCCUGUUGGAAGUCUUGUUGUUUACUUUCCUCAAGGACACAGUGAACAAGUUGCAGCAUCCAUGCAAAAGGAGGCGGAUUUCAUACCAAGUUACCCUAACCUUCCAUCCAAGUUGAUUUGCAUGCUUCACAAUGUUGCCCUGCAUGCCGACCCUGAAACUGACGAGGUCUAUGCACAAAUGACCCUCCAACCUGUAAAUAAAUAUGACAAGGAAGCAAUGCUGGCUUCAGACAUGGGUCUCAAACAAAACCAACAACCUACUGAAUUCUUUUGCAAAACUCUGACAGCUAGUGACACUAGCACUCACGGGGGAUUUUCAGUGCCUCGUAGAGCUGCCGAGAAAAUAUUCCCACCUCUGGACUUUUCAAUGCAACCGCCAGCUCAGGAAAUAGUUGCCAAAGAUUUGCAUGACGCCACAUGGACGUUUAGACAUAUUUAUCGCGGACAACCAAAGAGGCAUCUAUUGACUACUGGUUGGAGCGUCUUUGUUAGUACAAAGAGACUCUUUGCUGGAGAUUCGGUUCUUUUUAUCAGAGAUGAAAAGCAGCAACUUCUUUUAGGAAUAAAGAGAUCUAGUCGACAGCAACCAGCACUAUCUUCGUCAGUAAUAUCCAGUGACAGCAUGCAUAUUGGAAUUCUUGCUGCCGCGGCUCAUGCUGCUUCGAAUAACAGUCCAUUUACUAUAUUUUAUAAUCCGAGGACCAGCCCCUGUGAAUUUGUGAUUCCUUUGGCCAAGUAUAAUAAAGCACUGUACACUCAUGUUUCGCUUGGAAUGAGAUUCAGAAUGAUGUUUGAGACUGAGGAGUCUGGAGUACGCAGAUAUAUGGGCACAAUCACUGGUAUCAGUGACUUGGAUCCAGUUAGAUGGAAAAAUUCGCAAUGGCGAAAUCUUCAGGUUGGAUGGGAUGAAUCAACAGCAGGCGAGCGCCCAAGCAGAGUUUCUAUUUGGGAGAUUGAACCAGUUGUAACUCCUUUCUAUAUUUGCCCACCUCCAUUUUUUAGGCCGAAGUUCCCGAAGCAACCGGGAAUGCCAGAAGAUGAGUCUGAAAUAGAAAAUGCUUUCAAGAGAGCUAUGCCGUGGCUUGGAGAUGAACUUGGCAUGAAGGAUGCAUCAAGUUCAAUCUUCCCUGGUUUGAGUUUAGUACAAUGGAUGAGCAUGCAACAGAACAAUAAUCAGUUUUCUUCUCCUCAGUCAGGGCUUUUACCUCCAUCAAUGCUUUCGUCAAAUUCACUGCACGGCAACCUAAACACUGAUGAUCCAUCGAAGAUAUUGAACUUUCAAGCUCCAAGUCUUCAAUUUAACAAACCUAAUUUACCAAAUCAAGUCAAUCAAUUGCAACAUUCGCCGAACUCAUGGUCUCAGCAACAGCAACAGCAACAGAGGCUGCAGUCGUUGUUACAAACGCCGCUAAACCAGCUGCAGCAACAACAGCAGCAGCAGCAGAGGCAACAGCAGCUGCCUGGAAUGCAAAACCUUCCGCAGCCACAGCAACAGCCCCAACAGACUCAACAGAAUGCGCAGCAGCCUCAACAACAGCAACAGCAUCAACAACAACAACAACAGCCGAGUCAAAAUGCGAAUAUGAAUAACGGGACAGUUGCUUCUAACCAGAUUCCAAAUCAGUGUGUACAGCAACCAGUAACCUACUCGCAGCUUCAGCAACAGUUACUCUCGACAAGUAUCCCGACCCAACAAAAUUUUCAGUCAGUUAGCAAGAGUCCAUUGCUGAUGACAUCGUUACCGCAAGACUCACAAUUUCAGCAACAGAUGGACCAACAAGCUAGCCUCUUACAGAGGCAGCAGCAGCAACAACAGAAUCAGUUGCAACAAUCUUCGUUACAUUUAUUGCAACAAAGCCUAUUGCAAAGGGCGCCGCAGCAACCACAAAUGAAUCAAAUUUCACAGCAAAACAUCUCAGAACAGCAACAACCACAGAUGCAGUUGCUGCAGAAGUUGCAACAACAACAACAGCAGCAGCAGCAACAACAGCAGCAACCGCUUUCCACGUCUUGUGCGCUUUUGCAGUCUCAGCUUAUGCAGCAGCAAAAUACUCACCAGCAAUUGCCGCAGCUGCCUCUGUCGCAGCAUCAGCCUCAACAGCUUGGCAACAACGCAUUGUCAAUGGAGAAGCUUCUGAACAACAAUUACUCUUCCCCAGGUCUCAUGCAUCCACAGCAGCUUCCUGUGAACCAUCCGCAGAAUACACAAAAAUCACCAACUAAUACUCGAGCUCCCUCUGCUUUCACCGAUGGAGAUGCCCCGUCUUGCUCAACUUCUCCGUCUACUAAUAACUGUCAAACAUCGCCUCCAAACCUCCUGAAAAGAAAUCAACCAGACACAUUUGGAGGGCCUUCGAUAGUCGAAACCACCAAUAAUCUUAUGCAGGAGCAUCAAAGCAAGUCUGACACGCAGAUCAAACACGAAUUGCACAGUGUAAAAGGACCUGACAAGCAAAAGUACAAAGGGGCAAUCAAUGAUCAAAUGGAAGCUUCUUCUGGAACAUCGUACGGUAUUGAUCCUGGUAACAUCCACCAGAACUUCCCACUUUCCAACUUCUACAUGGAUGGUGAUGUCCACUCACAACCGAGAAAUAAUUUACCGUUUUGCCCCAAUAUUGACGGGUUAACACCCGAUCCUUUGCUCUCAAGAGGGUAUGAUUCUCAAAAAGAUCUUCAAAACUUGUUGUCUAAUUAUGGUGGUGCUCCUAGAGACAUUGAAAUUGAAACUGAGUUGUCCACUGCUGCCAUUAGUUCGCAGUCGUUUGGGGUUCCGAACAUGUCUUUUAAGCCAGGGUGCUCAAAUGAUAUUGCCAUCCCUGAUACAGGGGUUUUGAAUAAUGGCUUAUGGUCUAAUCAGACUCAACGAAUGCGAACAUAUACUAAGGUGCAAAAAUGCGGUUCAGUCGGAAGAUGCAUUGAUGUGACCCGUUACAAGGGAUAUGACGAACUCCGCAAUGAUUUGGCUCGUAUGUUCGGGAUUGAAGGGCUGCUAGAAGAUCCACUAAGGACUGACUGGAAACUAGUAUACGUAGAUCACGAAAAUGACAUCCUUCUUGUUGGCGACGACCCUUGGGAAGAAUUCGUAAACUGUGUUCAAAGCAUAAAAAUACUAUCGUCCGCCGAGGUACAACAAAUGAGCUUAGAAGGGGACUUAGGUCAUGUUCCAAUCUCCAAUCAAGCUUGUAGUGGAACAGAAAGUGGCAAUGCAUGGAGAGCACAGUAUGAUGAUAACUCGGCAGCCUCGUUUAAUCGAUAAGCGUGUCAAGUAUUUGCAUUUGUACACUACACAUUUAGGGAGAUGGAAGUCUAACUUAACCCUUUAAAAAUUUCUUCUUGCUUCUUUAUGUAACAAAUGGAAGUGAGACAUAUUCAUUUGCAAAAGAUGCAGUUCAUAUACAUAGCUGUAUCCGGUUCCACAUCAGCACACUGCUUUUUUAAUGGUGAGAGAGAAGUUUUUAGAUUCUUAGAUGUACCAAGAACAAUUCCUUUUACUAUAAAUGUUACAAAUUCUACUUUAUAACAUGCUUUCUUGUAGUAGCUGAUAGUGCUUGAUUAGGCUUUAUAUUACACAUUUUUUCCCUCCUUUUUGGAAAGUUUCAGCUGCAUUGGUUAGCUGGUGUAUAAUAUGUAUGGUUAACAAUUGUUCUAAGAUAAAGAAUGUGUUAUUUACACCUUUGUAA